UCCCUCCUUAUACCCUCUCCCAGGUCGGCUUCCUCCUUUCCCAUACGAAGACACAAUUCCCCGUCGCUAUAAAAGGCGCACGCACGUGCGGGCUUUAGUAAGAAAACGAUCGACAAAGGAUGUGUGAACUUGUGCUUACCCAACAACUUCGACAACGGCCUCGACGAUCACUACUACAGCUAGAGCCAUUAGUGGAACUACAACUACGGAAACGUUACGCCGGCGACUAUAACCGAGGACUAAAACGAUCUAACAUAAGAACAAAAAACGUUUGUAGCUGUUCUAGUGCGCAAAGGAUGUUUGUGAGCCUAGAAGUGUCUACCGCUAGCACGGAGAUGUGCCACGGCAAAGAAAACCAUUCUAUCUCCGGAACUGUGUCAGAACUGGAGCAUUGUAGCACUGGCUCAUCGUGCUGUUCACAUCCAGUUACUUGCUUCAUGCCCGACCUGGUUCCAUUGUCGGACUGCAUCCACCUUCGAUGCGUCGAACAGAAAGAGAAAUUUACUCAAAUUGGAGCAGAACUUCGCGCCAUUAGUGACACUUUCGAACGUCACCGUAAACAGAGCCAGCUCAAAAGCAACAUGAAACCCUGUCGACUAGUUUCCGACACCGUGAGCCUUGUUCAGGUCCUCCGAUCCUUUAUACGUGCCUCUGUCAUACCUUAUCUCCAUCUGCUCAGUGGACUCUAUUGGGUCUACCCAUAGAGACCGAUCCUCCACAGAUGCCGAUCAGUUUUUUGGCCGUGAACCACGUGUGCCUGCGCGCAAUUUUCAGUGCAGUGCAUCUAGGAUGAUAUGCUACGUCAACCAGAACAACGACAACAAUAACAGAGUAAAAACGAAUCAGGCCAAACGAGCGUGACGUGUAAAUUGAAAAUUACAUCCCCACCUGCUGUUUGUUUAGGGUAUUGGACAUACCUCUGCCUGCUACUCAGAUGCAAACAGUAAGAACUUAUUGACGUCAGCACACCUGGUUUUUAGGUCGGAGGACGCACCAGUCAAGGAUCUGUGAUAGCCUGAGCUUUGGCAAAUGGACAGUAAGGAUUUAGCGCAAAAGAGACAUGUGGAUCUAGGACACGCUGCAAGCACCACAAACAGAUGGACAGAGUUUUGUCGUGUGUUCUUUGUGCACAGAGUCGCAUGUCGGAUUUGUACAUAUCCAUGUACAGCGAACGCUAAGAACGAAGAGAAAAGCUAUAUUGAGACAAGGCCACGUAUCGCGGCCCGGAACUUCGACGCAGAGUUGAUACAAAAACGACGUUCAACGAAACUUCACUCAUCAGCUGGAAGGGGACAUGAAGAGGAUAUAUAAGGCAAGCCCUGAUCUGGAAAAAGCGAAGCGUGCCGGAAAUCGAAAGAAAGAAAACCUAAGGAUAAACGUGAGCAAAGUCGACAGAUUCCACAACGACUCAAAAAUCGAAUUAUUUAGGAAUAGUGUUAAUAGUCAGCUCAAGCGAAAGAUGGAAGAUAUCGCUUAAUUUAACCGAAGACUACAGACAGAUCUCUUUUUCUACAUAGCCACAGGUUAAUUUAAAAGGCCAGUUUUAAAUAUUCAUGUUGAUUUUAUACGAGAACGAGAACGAAUAACAAUAAUAACGAAUGCUACCGUAAUUUGUCACGUGACGCUUAUCUAGAGCAACGACCUGCCAUGUUUUUAACGUCGUGGUCUUGAAUCGCUUGAGCUUGACAUUCGCCAUUUACAAACAGUCGACUGAUACUUACCUUUUCUAGUGUCGAACACGGAACAAUUUCGGUACAACCUUCUUACCUAUAAGAACAAUGGUUGUGUUUGUAUCAAACUUUUAUAUAGGGAUAUACAUAUAUCUAUAUAUACAUAUAUAUAUAUAUAUAUAUAUAUAUAACAAUAUAUGGACAUUGGAAAGGCGCCUUUUUCAGCAAGGAUGAUUACCGCUCAUCGACCUCAGGCAAAGCUAGAUGAAUGUGUCUACCCAAAGUUAUAAUAGUACGAAGAGAAUCUACCUUGACAAAAAUAGUUCAGAAGGUAGAUCUAUAGCAUUUACAGAACGACGCAUCAUGAUCAAUAGCUAGAAGCUAAACAUGGCACGAAAUAACAAGGAAAAAUAUAAUUAAAACAAAAUAAAAUGCCAAUUAAUGUCUUUUACAUAAGCAACAACUCAUCCCUAGAUAAAUAACGGAACUAAUUAACGAGAUGAAAUUAGCCCGACAGAAGAAGGAAAUCGACUAACGUUGCCGAAAUUUUUUGCUACGAGCUGUAAAAAAUGUACAUAGAGAAGAAACAAAGGGUGGGAGAGCGGGAUACAGGAACGAUUUGUACCAAAGUCAUUUUAUUUAAAAGUAUAUAAUUUAUAAAAGC